CUCUUGUCGACAUUUUACCUGUAAAUUUGUCCAGCCACGCCCGGUUAAAAGAUAAGUACCUAGAGUUCCGCGUGCCGGGGGUGAAGGGGGCAUUUAUCGAUCUUGCUAAAUUAAUUCUUGAGUUGAAAUUAAGUGUCACUCAAGCUUAUGGACAAACAAAAGUCGAGGAGGCUGUCAAUGUCGAAUUCUGCAAUGGCACUGCUAAUACCAUGUUCAAAUCAAUUCAGGUGUAUGUAGGCGAUCAAAUGGUUGAAAGUAACCCAUACUUUAAUUACUGGUCAUUCCUAAAAAUGCUCACCACCUUCUCCACGUUAAAACUCAAAUCAUUCGGAGAAAUAGGAAACCUCCUCAAAGAUAACAUGUCGGGUGGAGCAGGCGUAGCUGAAACCUAUGACGCCGCAUACUUCACUAGCCUUGGGAGCAAAUACAAGAGACAUUUAAAAGAUAUCAAAGAUCACGGUCUUCAUCUCACCUUCCCAUUAAUGUCGGACAUUACUUCUUGUGAUCAGUAUUUAUGCGACGACAUCCCAUUGAGAAUAAGGCUUGAGUUAGCUAACGAAGCUUGGUAUUUGAACACUGACGGCGAUGGGAGUGCUGUGCGUGCCCAUAUUGAUUUUGCUAAACUUUGGGUCACCAGACUCCAACCCUAUCCGUCAGCAUUGCUUGCAUUAAAUAAAGAAUUAGAGACAGGAAAAAUAACGCGUACAAUAUUUAACAAGACGUUAUAUAAAUCUCUGGUUCUCGGCAAACAGCAGACAAGUAUUGUCUGUGACCAACCGUGGGGAAAUGUCAUUCCAGAGCGUUUAUAUAUCGUUAUGGCUGACAUGGGGGCCUUUUCGGGUGUAUAUAAUAAAAAUGUAUUUCAAGAAUGCUGAUUUGUCUGAACUAACAGUCUCUGUCAAUGGUAUGAAUAUGUAUAAAAAUACGGUUUCUUUUCCCCACGAGUGUACGCGAGUCUAUUAUGAUAUUUUAGAUAGUUUAGGAGUAGAAAAUGACACUUUGCUUGAUUACGAUAGCUUUAGGAAAGGAAGGACAGUGUUUGUUUUUAGUUUGUUACCGGAAGACAUACUAGGCACAGUGCCUCUUGAACACAGUGGAAACUUACGCAUAAGUCUUCAGCUUAAAAAAGGCUUGGAUGAAAAUUUAGUAAUUAUCUGUUUUGGGGAUACAAAGGGAGUGUUGUCAAUCAACUCGGAGAGGCACGUGUCUUGCGACACUAGAGCAUAAUGAAUAAUCAACAAAUUAUGAAAGCUCUACAAGGAAGACUUUAUCACAAUAAUAUAUAUUUAUUAGGCUGUCUUCCCGCUGACGAUGUAGCGAAAUUAAAUCUAAGGAGUGAGUCAGACAAGCCCAUUGUCUUUAUUGCUAAUGUGUUAGGCGCGUCGCAAGCUUCGAAAAUGGGUCACUGGGUGGUGUUCUAUGUUAGUGAUAAGUGUAUAUAUUUCUUCGACACAUACGCCCUGACCCCAUCAUUAUAUUCUAAGUACUUUCGAAGUUUCUUAAAUAAGCAUAAAGAUUAUCCUGUUUUUAAACUUGCCGCAAGAUUACAGUCGGACAAAACUCUGGUGUGUGGCGUGUAUUGCAUUCAAUUCGUAUACUUAUGUAAUAAAAUAGGCUUAGAGAGGACUAGUCAGUUUUUGAAAGAUAAUUAUGAUUUUUUGAAGAAUGACAGAAAGGUGUUAACAUAUGCUUAUAGAAUGUUUAAAAUGCCCCCAUGUAUAAAAACAUUUUGUCAAUCUAGUCAAGGACUGACUUACAAGCAUUGUAUUUCUAAGAUAUGUGGCUAACUUAUUAAAUGUUACAUGAUAAUAAUGUGUAUGUGUGUGUAAAAAAUGUAGAGAAGUAGCAUGUAGCUUAUUCAUUUAUGGCGUGUGUGUGUGUGCAAUUAUAUGUAGUUAUUAAGAACAGGAUUCUGUUUUUUUUUUCGUGCGACGUGACCGGGUGGGCGUGAGUUUGUUCACGCUUUCCUAUUGUUCGGAAGAAGAAUGGCUUGUGGUUUUGGGCAUGUGCGCGCGUGUUUGCAUACAUGCGUGGGCGUGUCCCCUAUAACCUGGGGUAGCCUCGGAAGAAGAAAAGGCUUGUGGUAGUGUGCGCAUAUGCCCCAAAUAACCCCGGGUAGCUUAGUCAGUCCCCUAACGUUGCGAGAGGAGCGUCAUGGAGGAAGUCUUCGCCGUCAUGAACUUACAACAACAACAACAACAACAGCCCCACGCUGCCGCUGCAACUCUUCAUGCUGACGAUGUUGACGAUCAGAUAAUGGGUCAAGCCGCAUUAGAAGUUGAAGCCAUGGAUAACACAUCCCAAGCUGAAGCCGUGGAUAACACAUCACAUCCCAGAAACGGAGCGGAUGUUGGUGGUGGUGAGGUGGGGGAUGUUCCAGAAACUCCCAAGUCUACCGGUGAACACAUCACGGGCGAGUCAUUGGGCAACAACAACAACAACCGCGGCGCGUUGGGAGGUGUCGGUAAAAUGGGGCGGCGUGUGCUGAGGGAAGGACUUCUGCGACUUCUGAAGGAUGUGAUACCUCCAUUACCAGUGUCUCAUCUGAAGAACGACCCACCGGCCAGCGUAACGCAUAUCCACGGCAACAACAACAGACACGCUUCGGUGAUGGUGUGUCUUGACUCUCCGUCGGGCGCUGAAUCGCGAGAGCGGCGGCGAAGUCGUCUGCAGCAAAAAGAUCAUGAAAUGCGUCAAUCACGACUGGAAAAAAAAAUGCAGCAUAUGGCGGGAGUGUUGCGGCAGCUCCAGCAGCAGGGGCAUAGCGAGCAGCAAGAGACGCACCAGAGACGACAAGAUCGCUACCAGGGACAAGAACGGCGGCGAAGAAUGACAAAGAAUAAUUUGCCGAAGCAGCAAGAACACCGGGACCCAAGACUGUCUCAGAAGAGGCUCCACAAAGUUGGGAGAAAAAAACUUCAGGUGGCCAAACGUGAGGCGGGUCUCUUCUCCUCAGCAGCGGCGUACGGUCGGGGAAAACCAAUGAAAAAAAAUCUCUCUGUGACCAAGAAACUCGUCUUUGAAGACCCACCAGCGCGGCGUGCAGCAGCUGCGGCCGCUGAAGAAAAUCUCGCGCCACAACCGGGCCCUUCCAAUGCGGCUUGUGCGGACGAAACAAAUGAAAGCUUCUCAAGCACUGACCUUCCUUCAGCUUUCAAUUCUUUGAAUUUUUCUCGUAGCAUGGACGUGAAUAAUAUUAUAAAUGUUCUUGAUGAGACUCCUAUAUUUAGUGCUUAACAAUCAUUUUUUUUAUAUAUGUACUCGCUCUGUGUGUAUUAUUUUUUAUAUAUAUGUACUUGUGUUGUGUAUUUUUUUUCUUCAUUUGUAUUAUGUACUCGUGUUGUCAUCCUUUUAUGGGCUGUCUUUGGGCAUGUACGACAUAAGUUUGUAAUAUGUCUCUUUCAAUUAGGAUUUAUUUUGGGGGAGGGAAAAAUAAAAGGGUAGGAUGGGUGGGUUUCCAUUGUAUUUCUUUGAGCCUGUAUGGUGUG